UUCACGCGGCAACACACUCUUGUGUCCACGCGUAUUGUGUAACGUUUAUUCGUAAUAUUUACGUGAAAUAAACAAUUAUAGUUCAUUAAACAGUUUAAUUUAAACAAAAUAAACUAUUUCAUAUUAAUAAUAUUAAUUUGAGUUUACAUAGAGUUGAAAAAUUAACACGUGGAGCAAUAAACAAGCUGUCAAAAAGUCUUGUGUUGAGUAUAGUUGUGUUCUUGCUACCCAACCAUCAGGAAUCUCGUUUAGGCGCAUUCGAAUUGUAACAGGCGCUAAACUUCUUUUAAAGUUUCACAAAAACACUUUUUUAACUUUAAAAAAGUUGGAUUUUUAGAUCUAACGAUUAAACUGGUGUCAAAUUGAAACGAAAUUUUAUUUUUUAUUUUUCAAAAGUUAUUUUGGAAAAUUUUAUUUGAUGUAAAAAUCAGUUUAACACUUAAAUAAUAGUUGCUUAGUUACAACAAUUAACUCUUAAACUAAAGAGUGUUUCAGACUUAUUGUUAAACAAUUAAAAAGGAAUUUUUCAAGUAGUGAAAACAAUUAGUGGGACACAAAAAAUGAGCUGAGUUAUAUUAUCGAACGAGAGAAGAGGGAAAUUAAAUGCGUUUCUUUUUCUAUUAUAAAUAGAGACGCACGCGCAAAAAUCGUUCUCUCUUACUCUCGUACGUCGUAACGACGAACACGUGCUUCGAAGCUAAUCAUGUUGCUGCGAUUAGCACUGUUGUUUAUCAUCAUAAGGCCCGGACAAGGCUCAUUCAAUCUCUUUCUCAGCCAGGCUGAAGUACGAAAAUUAAUGGGUCUCCAGGCGGAGUUAUUUUACGUAAGAGAAGGAGUUAUAAAUGAGUAUGCCAUCAAGUUUGUCGUACCAGUGCCUGCACAAGUCCAUAAGCUUCAUUUCACAUGGGAGAAUCUUGCAGGACGACCGUUGCCAUACACGAUGUCAGUGGACAUAAGCAACCCGUCGGCACUAAGUAGCUCUUUAAAUAUUUCUCAAGCCGGCGAAAUUCCCGUGGGUGGACUCCAAACUUGGGCUUUAGCUCUUCACUGCGGACCAUAUGACGCGGAAGUGGAUUUUUCUCUCCGCAUAAAUGUUGCACAAAACCGAAAGAAUACCACAAGUCUAGAAGUACGUCGUAAGAAGAUUUGUUUGAAAGACAAAAGCGGACAUCCUGGACCUGAAGAAGUACUUGUAGCUGCCCCUGGAACAACUUCUGGUGGUCAAAUAUUUUAUGCAGCUGUAGGAUGUGCUUGUGCAUUCUUAGCAGCGAUUCUUGUUCUUGUUGGUGCUUACUAUGUGAGAGAUAAGAAAGCUAGAAGGCAUAGAGAUCCUCUACAGGAAUCUAGAGGACUCAGUUCAGCAUGCAGUGUUGAAAGGGGUACAGGAAUUGGACCAGCUCAAACCUUUUUGUCACCGGAAACACCCCCACCUCCCUCAAGUGCUUCCGCUUCAAGCUACAGAAGACUUGACGAACGACCUAGCCGCGAAUUGCAUGAAAGGAUCCAGGAAAUCACUGUUCAAAGAUGCCGUGUGAGACUUCUCAGCAUCGAGAUGGAAGGAACCUUUGGUCGAGUGUAUAGAGGAAGUUAUCACGAAGAAGGAGCUCCAGCUCCCAGAGAUGUUCUAGUAAAGACUGCAGCUGAGCAUGCCUCUCAAGCUCAAGUGGCUUUACUCCUCCGGGAAGGUUUAGCACUUUAUGGGUUGAGCCAUCCAGCCUUAUUACCAGUUCUUGGUGUAUCAAUUGAAGACAGAAGUGCUCCAUUCCUUCUUUACCCACGAACAGGGUACAGAAAUAUGAAGAGGUUUUUGCUAAGGUGCAAACUGAGCAGUGAAGGCCCACCAAGAGCUCUUACGACGCAGGAAGUUGUCGAGAUGGCACUUCAAGCUGCCAAGGGUGUGCAGUACUUACAUAGAAAGCGACUCGUACACAGAGAUCUUGCUGCAAGAAAUUGUGUGGUGGACGAUGACCUAAGAGUACAGAUUACAGACAACGCACUUUCAAGAGAUCUUUUCCCACAAGACUAUCACUGUCUCGGUGAUAAUGAGAACCGGCCAAUAAAGUGGUUGGCGAUUGAGAGUCUUCUUAGUAAGACUUUCACAACUGCUUCAGACGUGUGGGCAUUUGGUGUACUCUUAUGGGAAUUGACGACUCUCGCACAACAACCAUACGUGGAAGUAGAUCCAUUUGAAAUGGCUUCCUACCUCAGAAACGGCUAUAGGCUCGCACAACCGAUAAACUGUCCCGACGAGUUGUUCGCAGUUAUGGCCUAUUGUUGGGCCAUGUCACCAGACGAAAGACCUACGUUCAGUCAGCUUAUUGUUUGUCUUCAAGAGUUUCACACUCAGCUAACUAAAUACGUUUGAAUGAUUAAGUUUUUUCGUUAGCCUCUAUUGUAUAGAAGACUGUUAAAAUUGUCAGAAUAUUUUCUGGCAUGCAAAUUUCUCUGUAACGGGAAAGUUUUAAUGUAUAUAUUUUAUUAGUACUUAUGUGAAUAUAUAUUUUCCCUAAUGUUGUUGUUCCGCUUGACAGAAAAAUCAAGAGCGCGUUAUAAAGUAUAGGAGAAUAUGAACAAUUAUUCUAAUGAAAUAAGUUGUGAAUAUCCAUGUAAAAGUGAAUGAGAUAGUUAUAAUUGGAAAAAGUAGAUUCUAUGGAUUUUUCAUUUCUAAAGAUCUUUUGAAGCGCCUAAUUUUGAAAUAACUAGAUGCUUUAUUCUUUACUAGUAAUUUUACGUUAUAUAAAAACUUAAAUUAUUUAAAAUUUUGACAAUCACAUGAAUUAAUAAAAAUUUCUAAGGUAGUACAAUUUUUCAAGUGAUUACAUAAUGAAUAGUGAUUUCAAUUAUUAAAAAUAUUAUCUAAAGCCAGUGUGAAUAUGAUCUUACGUUUAAAACGACAAAUAAAAAAAUUUAAAAAGAUGGUAUACCUUGAAGGUGCUUAAAUGCUUUGUGUGUCCUAAUACGAAAAGAAAAUUCUAAAUAAAAAUAAUAAACGCAGACAGUUUGCAUAGCAACGACAAAAAAACAGAUAAAUAAAUUAUGAUCUUUUGCAAUACAUGUUCAAGAAUUGUUUCAUCAAAUAACUAACAAUUCUUUAAAAAAAUGAUUAUUAAAUAAAUUUUUGCGUGGAUACUCAUACUAAUAAAAUUAUGCCAGCCCGGUGUUCAUUGUAGACAGUAUAAGAAAAUAAUUUUGCUUACAUUGUGAUUGUCUGUAAUAGCACUGUCAAAAGUAUUCAAUACCAAGUAUUAGUCUAUGCCAAGAACAAAAGAACCUCUUUAAAAUGUUAGAUUAUGUAGAGAUCUGUAUGAUGUGAUAGAAAAUUCGCUUAAGGCUGCCGCAGUUAUCCAACGUGCCAAUUUUUCGUAUUUUUGUAUAUAUUUACUUUCAAAAUCUAUACUUUAAGUUAUGAUAAAGGUUAUAUAGAUUAUAAUUAUGAUAGCAGGGUUGUGAAGCCAUUAUUAAAGACUGUAAAUAUUGAACAGAUACAUAUAUUAACAUACAUUAUAUUAUACAACAAAAAAUAAUGCGCUGUAAAAAUACGCGUUUUAUUAUAUUAACAAUAAAUUUAUUUCAUCCUGUAA